ACACUUCCGGUCGCUCGAUAAGGCGGCGAAGCGCCGGGUUGCUGCGCCGUUGAGUCAUGGCAGCCACUCGCUACAGAAGGUUUCUGAAACUGUGCGAAGAAUGGCCUAAGGACGAGUCGAAAAAGGGACGCGAUCUGGGUACUUUCCUGCGGCAGAGGGUGGCGCUCGCCUUCCGAGAAGGAGAAAAUACCCAGAUCUCAGAUCCAGAGAAGUGUGACCAGAUGUAUGAGAGCCUGGUUAGGAUCAACAGCAACUACUACAAAGAGAAGUUCCCUCGGGCCAAAGAUACAAGUUUCACCGGGGUGACGGUGGAGGAGUGCCGAGUGCUUCUUUCCAGUGGGAACAUGCAGCAGAUGGACGAGGAGAAGAGAAGCCUGUGGAAGACAGUGAUGCAGCGCUUCUCCUCCAAAGUACCAGAGGAGGGUGCUGAAAAGCAGCCUGAGAAGUAGCAGUGCUCACUGACCAAAGGCUCUGCUCUGUAAAUAGUUCCACUUUAGUGAUCACAUUAACCAGUUUUUUUUUUUUUCUUUCUCCCCCCCCAGUGGUGGCACUUGUGUUUGACAUUGAAAGUUAAUGGGGCAACUGCCAUAUUGUUGUAUUUUACAGUAAAAUGUAUGCCAUUUUAUGCUUCAUCUCUGUGGCCAUUUCCACAUUUUCUUUACACAAAAGUUUGAAUAUUGUUGCACUUAGUUUGAUUCUAGUAUUUAAUGAACACAAUAUAAAAAUACAGGCUUCCCUCAUAUAAAAAAAGUAAUUUGAAGUGUAAAAUAAACCUCAUUACCAUCACUAUAAAUGCCUUUGAAUAUGGGGGUCUUGAGCCUGGAUUUAAAGUCACAUAUUAGUAUGUUCCUCUUUCUAUUUCCUUUAGGUCACCAUUUACCUAGUUUUCCUAUUUCCUUUGUCAUUGUUUUAAUGCUGUUUAUUGUAAAGCACUUUUAUUCUGUAUCAAAUUACUUAAAACAUUUUUGUAAU